CGGCAGCCGCCGCCGCCGCCGCGUGCAAGGGCUUCUGGGAGCCGAGCCUUGGGGUCUCGGGUAAGGGGCGCAGGAGGUCGCCAUCUUGAGUUGUGAGCCUGGUCUCUAUACUCAUCGCUAGGGGCGGAGUGGUGACCCCACUGUUAACCGUAGCAGACGGCGCAGCCGAGGACUGGGAGGUCAGAGCGCCGGAUAGUGCCACAUAAAUGGAUGCCAUGGCUAGUCCAGGGAAAGAUAACUAUAGAAUGAAAAGUUAUAAGAAUAAAGCCCUAAAUCCCCAAGAGAUGCGUAGACGAAGAGAAGAAGAAGGAAUACAGCUUCGAAAACAGAAAAGGGAAGAACAGUUAUUCAAACGCAGAAAUGUCUCUUUGCCCAGAAAUGAUGAAUCUAUGUUAGAAAAUCCAAUCCAGGAUCCAGAUAUCAGUUCCACUGUACCCAUUCCAGAGGAAGAAGUUAUUACGACAGAUAUGGUUCAGAUGAUUUUUUCUAAUAAUGCUGAUCAACAGCUAACAGCAACACAGAAAUUUAGAAAGCUGCUUUCUAAAGAACCUAAUCCACCAAUUGAUCAAGUUAUACAGAAACCAGGAGUUGUGCAGAGAUUUGUGAAGUUUCUUGAAAGAAAUGAAAACUGUACAUUGCAAUUUGAAGCUGCGUGGGCAUUAACUAAUAUAGCAUCUGGAACUUUUCUGCAUACCAAAGUAGUGAUUGAAACUGGGGCUGUUCCAAUUUUUAUCAAACUUCUUAACUCAGAGCAUGAGGAUGUUCAAGAACAGGCUGUUUGGGCACUUGGAAAUAUUGCUGGUGACAAUGCAGAAUGCAGAGAUUUUGUUUUGAAUUGUGAAAUACUUCCACCUCUUUUAGAGUUAUUAACAAAUUCAAACAGACUUACAACAACCAGAAAUGCCGUAUGGGCCCUCUCAAAUUUAUGUAGAGGCAAAAAUCCUCCUCCAAACUUUAGUAAGGUUUCACCUUGCUUAAAUGUCCUGUCACGAUUGUUGUUUAGCAGUGACCCAGAUGUAUUAGCAGAUGUGUGUUGGGCUCUUUCUUAUCUCUCCGAUGGAUCCAAUGAUAAAAUUCAAGCAGUCAUUGAUUCUGGAGUCUGUCGAAGAUUGGUGGAACUUUUGAUGCACAAUGAUUAUAAAGUUGUAUCACCUGCAUUAAGAGCAGUUGGUAAUAUUGUGACUGGUGAUGAUAUUCAAACACAGGUAAUUUUGAAUUGCUCUGCAUUACCCUGUCUCUUACACUUACUGAGUAGCUCAAAGGAGUCAAUCAGAAAAGAAGCCUGCUGGACUGUUUCAAACAUCACUGCUGGAAAUAGAGCUCAGAUUCAGGCUGUUAUAGAUGCAAAUAUUUUUCCUGUUUUAAUUGAGAUUCUUCAGAAAGCAGAGUUUCGUACCAGGAAAGAAGCAGCUUGGGCUAUAACUAAUGCAACAUCAGGAGGCACUCCAGAACAGAUAAGGUAUUUGGUAGCCUUAGGCUGCAUUAAACCACUUUGUGACCUAUUGACUGUUAUGGACUCUAAAAUAGUCCAAGUGGCUUUAAAUGGACUUGAAAAUAUUUUACGUCUUGGAGAACAAGAAUCUAAGCAGAAUGGAAUAGGCAUUAAUCCAUACUGUGCCCUCAUUGAAGAAGCAUAUGGUCUGGAUAAAAUCGAAUUUCUGCAGAGCCAUGAAAAUCAGGAAAUUUACCAAAAGGCUUUUGAUCUGAUUGAACAUUACUUUGGUGUUGAAGACGACGACCCCAGUAUUGUACCUCAAGUGGAUGAAAACCAGCAACAGUUUGUAUUUCAGCAGCAGGAAGCACCAAUGGAAGGGUUUCAACUUUAACUUGGUAGGAGGAAAAAUUAAUGGCUAAAAAGGGUAGCUUCGGAUAUCUCCCCUUCCUUGCAACAGUCAGUAGGGAUAUUUGAUGUGUCUUUACGUAGAACAAAAAAAGAAAGAAGUUGAUGCACUUUUAAAAAGCAAAACACAUACACACACACAAAAAGCAAAACACAAAAAAAGUUUCCAUUCAUAUGCAACCUUUUAUUAUAGUUUUAUUAUUUUGUUGUGCCUGUAUAUAUGUCUUUCAUUGUUUUAUCUUUUUUUGUAUCUGUUUGUGAACAGUUAAAUAUAUCAUGAGAUUAUUUAAUAAUUUAAGCCUGAAAAGGAGAACUCUGGUAAAGUAUUACAGUAAUGGUUCUGAAUUUUUCUAGCAUUCUUGGAAACUGCACAUUAGCAGUACAGCUGUUGAUAAUUGCAUUUUGGCAGUAAGUUUGACUUGCCCAUUCUCUACUAAAUCUACCUCUCAAAGCAAAAACAAAACAAAAAGCUUCAUAAACAUGAAAGAGAGAAGAAGCUAAAUUAGAAUGUGAAAAUAGCUAUUACCGUAAAUUAUAAAUCACUGUGCUGUAGGUUAUGCUUUGCAAAAAAAAAAAAAAAAAAUUACAACAGAAAACCUGUGAAAGUUACUUAUAAAACAUACAAGAAAUAUUGUACUGAUAAUCAAUUACAGUGUGGCAAUUGUGAAGAGAGAAGCUGUUCUUCAUAUUGAACACGUUAAAAUGAUUACACAGCAUUUAAAUAUUUGUGUUUUUAACAUAUAAAUGCUAUUAUAUUAGUAUAUUUUGUAUUUUGACCAAAUAUGCUAACAUUUUUGAAAUAAUGUUUUAUUAUUUUUUCACUGCUCAUUUUAAAAAGCAUCAUGAUAGAGAUGCCAUCAUGAAUCUAAAGUAGUGCUGCAUAGCAAAAAUAAUGGUGUAUUCCUUUCUCUGAUUUUUCAGAGCAGUAAUUGACAAAUUUCUGUGUAAUAAUGAACUUAGGUACUUGAAUGGCAAAAUUAUCCUGAAGAAAUCACCUUGUUAUGUGUAAAAUUUUGUUAAAUGUACUUAAUGUUUGGACACAAAAGGAUGAUAAAAUUACUGAGGAUUCUUUAAUUGGUUGAAACCUAUAUUAGGAUUUUUUUUUCCCUUACUCAGAGGGUCAUACUGCUGCUUGUUAAUGAACCAUUGUAUUAGAUUACAUUUGUAUCAGAUUGGUUAAUAAUGUAUGUGUUUAUGUAUUAACAGCAAAAAACCUCUUCAUACUGUGAAACUUUAAAAAAAAAGUUUCAAUAGAAAAUUAUAUAUAUAUUUAUUUAUAGAUACAUAUAUAUGCGUGUGUCUGUGUGCUUUUCUCACAGUACUGUACUCGGUAGUUUUCUAAGCAGAUAUGGUACUGUUGAACUCAGUUUUUUUGUUUAUAGUUAUAUGCAGGCUAUUUACAUUUCCAAUUAUAUACCUAAAAUACUUAUUUAAAAAUUAGUUUACUGCUGUUUUAAGAUGGGAACUAAAAGCAUUUUUGAUAUGAUUCAUAGUCUAUUCUGUAAAGAAAGAUUUCAUUUAUGAUAGCAUUUAUAAUGUUUCUGCUGGAAAUCAGAGGCAUGUUACAAGAAGAAAAUGUAUAUAGGAGUACUUUUAAAUAGUAUGACACUUUGUAAAUUAAAUAUCAUGAAACUGGCUUUUGGCAAGACACUUAAAACCUACAAGCUAUAGAAUACAGGUUUAAAUGGUGUCCACAAUGCUGACUGCAUCUGCCAAACCUCUUUUAUAUUGUUAAGUAGAGGAUUGUAUCUGUGCCCUUUUUAUUGUAGUAGAAAUUACGAAGUUCAGUAAUAUAUGUAUAUUCAAAAGAACAGGGUAGUUAUAUUAAAGAUUACCAAAUUGAUGGUGAACUUACCAGAGAAACAUUUUUUUGUGAUGCAGAUAGUUCUGAGUAUCAGGUGACAGGGUAUUCCACUCUUUCUAAUCAAUUGAACUUAAUAAUGCAGCAUAAUUCAUAAACUAACCAGCUGUGCCUGCUUUUAUUUUGAGGACCCUGUAGUCACAUUAAUAAAUCUCUAAGCCAAGUCUUUCAAACAAAAUAGUUUUUACAGAAGGAAAAAUAAUAGAAUAAUAGCAUGACAUUUGAGGGGAGGAUUUUUAAUUUUUGCUAGGAAAACAAGCAUUAUAUCUCUCAGUAUAGAAUUUGACCAUAUUUUAAGCAUUUAUAUAUAAAAUUACAUUUAAUUCAUUGGAUCUGUUACUUGGGUAAUUAAUUUGAUUAGAUUUGAAUGCAAGAGGCAACAUGUCAUAGUUGGGACCAGCUAAUGGUGUGGUGAUGACUUUAUUGAACCAAUUAGCAAAUACUUUUGUUCCUAAAAUUUUUUUUAAUAUGACUACUCUUUUCAAAUGUACUAUUUUGAAUGCUCCAAAAUAUAUUUUCAUUAAUCCUCACUGACCCUUGUGGGAAAAAAUUUCUUUUUUCAACUUCCUAAGAUUUAUUAUAUUUAAAUCCGAGAGAAACUGUGCCCAAAAAAAAGAAGGAAAGAAGGAAAACAUGUAAAGGGCAAUGCAUGCAACAUUAAUGCAAAAAUCAAGAAAAUACUUGAAAGAGUCCUUUACAUUUAUUUAAUUAAAUUCGGUGUUUUAUUUUUGUCUGAAUUGAAUUUCUACUAGCUAAUCUAUGCAAUUAUGCUUACUUGUUUUAUAUUUGUAAGUACUUGACUCAAUGACCUGGGUUUUUUUACUGCAAGUUUUAUUUUGAAAAUUGUUCCUGGCACUUAAUUUUUAGUGUCAUUUUGUUCACUUACUGGUAGCACUAGAACAAGAAAGCAAAAAAUAAAAACCAAAAAAGUAAUAAAAUCUGCUGGCACAGAAACAGCAUAUCAUUUGGUAACUGUAAAAACCUAUUUGCAGAUAAAGGUUGAUUUGUUGCAUAAAAGACUUUUGUUGGACAAAGCAUUACCUUUGCCUUUGUAUUUUUUCUUAAGAAGGAGCAUUAUGGAAAAAGUAAUGAUAGUACAAAGUCUUAGUGGAUUUUUGUUGCUGUUCUAAAUUCAGCAGUCUACUGGCUGCUUUGUGAAACUGUGAAAUCAAAGUAAUUGUUGUUAACCUUUACUCAUUUUCGUUCAUAGCAUUAAUGUUUUAUGAAACGUAACGUAUUAGGAGCCAAUAUGAUAGAGCUCUAAAAGUAUAAUGCGUCUUUAAAUUCUGAUUGAGAAGUGGGAUGAGGGGAAGGUAUUCUUGCCUAACUAAAUAAACCGACAUUUGAGUAGUAUGCAAUAUAAUGAAAUGUUACAGCACUAUAUUAAAGUAAUAAAAUACUAUUUUACAGUUGCAUUGAUAAGAGUGUCUGUUUCAUUUGUUCUCACUUAUGAUUUUGUAUUCCUAACAGAGCAAAAACAGAUGCCCUUAUUGAUUACAAUUCCAUCCCCUUUCUAAAACCAGUAAGAUGCUUUCCUUGGUAGCAUUAUCUGAUAAAGUAGUAUGUUGCUUUUAUUUUAGAACUUAUAUAUUCAGCUGUAAUGGGGAACAUGUCUAAUUUAUCUUUGUAUCUCAAGCCUUGGCAAUUAGUGGGACAUUUACAUGUUUCAAUUUAAAUUAUUUUUCCUUUUCUUUUGUUUUAAUGCAAUACAAAGCAUUUAUUUAAGGCUUAGAGUUUUAAACCUAAUAAAUAGAAUAGAUAAUGUCUGAUUUAACUUUCUUAAUGUACUCUGAAGCACAAAAUCACACAGUAGCCAAGCUUAGGCACCCCCCCAGCUUAGUGUUUUUCUUUUUUUCUUUUUCCACUACCAUGGUGGUUUUGUUUUUUUGUUUUGUUUUGUUCUUUUGCUUUGGCUGGCUUCAUUUCCUUCAGUAUUUGGAACUAUGUUAAUCACAGAGUAGUGAAAGUAAUUGGAUCAGUUAUUUUUAGAGUUUCUUCCUCCCAGUAAUGUGGCCUUCAAUUUUAAUGGGAAAUGAAUUCCUGAAAAUGUAUAAAAAUAUAAUGUACAGGUCACACAGUAGACUUAAACAUGCAGUGGAGUUCCCAUCCCAGAAAUCCUUAAGUAUACCCUUUAAUGAUGUGUUUCCUCAAUUGGAUAUAUAUUCUUUCAUUUUUUUUCCUUUCAUAUUUGAACAGUUUACCAGUGAAGUUAAAUAAGUGUAUGCUUCCCCCUUUCAGCACAUCUAAUGAUCUUCAUGUUUGCUUCAGUAGUGUAAGUUUUAAGAGACAUAUAACAUCUUAAUUUUCCAUUCUGUUAUGAAAUAAAACUUUCAAAUAGUUGCACUUUCAAACACUGCUGUACAGCACUACCAGAACUAAAAUGUUGGUUGGGAGCAAUCCCACCAAGUAAAAAGCAUGCUCACUAGUUUAUGCAUAAACAUUUAAAUUUGAAAACAGUAGGCAGUUUAGGGAAUUUGAUGUGUAAUUCCCAAAAGUACCUGUUAUUUAAAAAUUGGGCGUUUUAAACUUUGGACAACUUAACUUUUGAGGGAACUUUACUGUUCCCUUUCAGUUAGGGUUGUUUUUUUAAACUGUUAUCUAAAAAAGCAUGACAAAAUUUAAUAUAUUCUUUGUUUAGGAUUUCAACAUGACUCACUAUUUUCUGAGCAUUCCAUCUUUUAAAUUGUUUUAUUAUAAAGUAUACACAAAGAAUAAAUGUGUAAGAAGACAAUUUGAAUAAUAAACUGAACACCUGUGUAUUCACUAUCCAGCUUAAUUAAUUAUUAUCAGUCCCUUGUAACUGUUACUCUGGAUUUUAUUAAUUUUUGUGCUUUUCCUCAUUAUUUCAUCUUCUGUGUAUGUAUUUCUAAGAAAUAUAGCUUCAUUUGCCUAUUUUCUAGAUGUGUAAACUGUAAUGUUUUGUAUAUCUCUAGGUUUUUUGUUUUGGUUCAGUGUAAACAUUUUUUGAGAUUCAGUCAUAUUGAUAUGUAUAUCUGUAGUUUAUUUUCUUUGCUGUAUACUAUUCCAUUUUGUGACUAUAUCAUGGUGUCUGGUAGGGGAAUUUCUAUUUUGCUUUUGUUCAGGAUCGUCUUAGCCCUUUGCCUUUCCAUAUAAAUAUAGAAUUCAGUUGUUCAGUUCCAUGAAAAGCCCCUUAAGGAUUUUGAAUGAAGUUACAUGUCUAUAGGACAAUUUUGGAGGAAUUAACAUCAUGAUACUAACUCUUUCUAUCUGUGAACAAGUUAUAGCUCACCAUGUAUUUAGAUCUUCCUUACUGUAUUUCAACAAAAUUUUGUAAUUUUCUUCAUAAAUGUUGACAGAAAUAAUAAACAAUCUGUAAUAGGAAUAGAGAAGAGUUUUAUUUAUGGUAAACUGAGGAAAACUACUUGCUAAAAUAAUAUUUUGGACAUUGAAUUAAGUAAAAUUUUCUAUUAAAAUUUCACUGAUUAUUUUUACUUUUUUAACAUGGCUAUUAGAAACAUAAAUUAUAUAUAUGGCAUUUUUCUAUUCAUUGACACUGGUAUAAGAAACUUAAUAUAGUAUAC